AUGGAAAUAAAACUCGAAGAGCAACAGAAUGGAUACGAAUAUAUUCAGCGCGAUGAAAGCAGGAGCGAUACAGACGCUCCCAAUCGUGCAUCGCAGCUUGCUUCAAAUUUCCUUUCGUCCCUUAAACUGGAACAGGGCUACCAGCCGAUAGGUAGCGAAGAAUCAAGUAUUAAGGGUCAAGGCGUUCUAGGAAAAGAAGCAGAAGUUAUAGCCCGAGACAUCGGAGUCCAAGUCCCAGACACCGAUCAAGGGAUGACUGCAGAACAAGUAAAAGCAACCGGUCAUUUCCCGCUUCCCGGACAACCUGCUACUAAACCACUAAGCGCGCCACCAACACCUCUGGUGCCUGGUAUGGAUCCAUCACGUGCUGCCAUGAUGAUGGGAAUGACACAUGAGCUUCCUCCUCGGCCAAAAGUAAGCCAAGGUGCAGCGGGUCCAGUCGCACAGACGGCUUCACUAGCACGGCAGGCAAGACGACUUUAUGUUGGAAAUAUUCCUUACGGUAUAGACGAGGCCGGUCUCUCCGAGUUCUUUAAUUCGACAAUGCUCCAACUGAAUAUCACGACAGCUCCUGGAAACCCCGUUAUUGCGGUCCAAAUAAAUCAUGACAAGAAUUAUGCUUUUGUAGAAUUUCGAGCACCAGAAGAAGCAACAGCUGCAAUGGCGUUUGAUGGGAUUACAUUCCAAGGACAGUCUCUCAAAAUUAGACGACCAAAGGAUUACCAACCGCCCCCAGGACAGAGUCUGGAACCACCGCCGAUUCACGUUCCCGGUGUUGUGUCGACAAAUGUACCAGAUAGUCCUAACAAGAUCUUUAUUGGCGGGUUGCCCACGUAUUUGAACGACGAGCAAGUAAUGGAACUACUAAAGUCAUUUGGGGAAUUGCGAGCGUUUAAUCUUGUCAAGGACAGCGUAACUGGAGUGUCCAAGGGCUUUGCUUUCUGCGAAUAUGUGGAUCCAAAUGUCACGGACUUAGCAUGUAAAGGCCUUAACAAUAUGGAACUUGGAGAUCGCAAAUUAGUGGUUCAGCGCGCUAGUGUCGGGUCUGCCAAAAACACUACUGUAGCGACAACUCUGCCUCCGUCGUUGCUGAUCCCAGCCGGUAACGGGGAAAUGCAACCAACGCGAGUUUUACAGUUACUGAAUAUGGUCACACCCGAAGAGUUGGUUGAAGAUGAGGAAUUUGAAGACAUUUAUGAAGAUGUACGCGAAGAAUGUUCGAAAUUCGGAAAAGUAUACGACAUCAAAAUCCCGCGUCCCGUUCAGGGAAAUACGUCCGGUGUUGGAAAGAUUUUUGUACGCUAUGAAACUAUCGAAUCAGCAGGUGCCGCGUUACGAGCUCUAGCAGGGCGAAAAUUUGCAGAACGUACGGUGCUAACUUCUUAUAUUGACGAAGAGAAAUAUGUAGCAGACGACUUUUAA